AUGGCAUUGGAGAGUCCUCUUGUGCACUCAUCUGGAAAUAUCAUGUCCCCCUUCUCUCCCUAUACAGACUUCUCAAUGUCUCCAAACUCGCCCGCACAAACAAACUCCCCGCGUUUCCAGUCCUUGUCUGCGCGGAGCUCGGUAGAAUCCGCAAGCCUUCACCCCAAGCCCAUUGACGUCGGACUUUCUCCCAGCAGUGCACUGAUGACUAGUCCCAGCGAUAUGGUGGGACCGUCGCCAGUAACUUCGAAUGGCACAGAGACAACUGAGAUUGAAGAUGAGGUGGCAGAAGACGUGAUGGAGGGAAGGCCUACACCACCUAAUAUGCCUGGGUCUGCGGACUCACAAGCUACGUUGAAGAGGCUCAGUACAAAUAUCCCAGAACGUUUUAGAAGCUCGAUCGAUGAUGAAUCCAUCUCUGUUAUACAUGCGCCGGAAGGCUUUAGGGACUUUGCUACAACCAAAGAAACCGUUCCCGUUCAACCACCCAGAACAGCCGACAGGUCAACUCCCAUACCAUAUGAGGAAGACGAAGCUAUCCCAGCCAUACUCCGGGUAGAUUUGUCUGUACCAAAUGAUAAGACCACACAAUCAAUUCCCAUCUCACCACCCCCAAUAUCCACGGAUGUCUCUCGCAGCCAAUUUGCUCUGGAAAAUGCAACUCCUCGUGCUCAGACCCGCCAGGAAGUGGAAGCAUUCAUUGAAAAAAAAGGAGAAUCUCGGUCGACUAGUGCACAUAGCCUUGAAGGGAUUCCUGAGGAUCACCGGGAAAUUGAAGAAGAUGAAUUUGAUGCUCGGACUGUCCAUAAUACCGACGAGGAGGUCAGUGCCUUGAAGACGGCUCUCCAUGAAUGCUGGACUUUGUGCAAUACCCUGGCAAGCCUGAGCUCUAUACACCGUGAGAGAAUUUUCAGUUACUCUGGAACUGGAGACGCACAUGAAAAAGCCUGGAAAUGUUGCUGGAAGUUAUGUCAGAAACUUUACGACAGUCGUGAUGAGGACCAUGAAACUCAUGUCAGGCCAACACUUGAUCUCUGUCGUGACUUCUGUCAAGCGUUAUUCGAUGUCAGGCAGCGGAAAGACGAAGUAGCUGAUUCCGUACUACGGGUCAGUUUUGAAUUGAAUAAUCAUCUCUAUAACACGCAUGAUCGUACCCUUCCGGAAGCUUUCCGAGAACGAACUCUAGACUUCUACAUUACGCUGUGCCAUCGACUGAUGAAGCAGCGAAACGAACUUGCAGAAGAGACGGAUGCCCUUCUUCGAGCAUGCUGGUCAUUAGCAGAAAUGCUUUUCAGCCUGCGUCAAAAUAAGAGAGAAGAGAAAGCGGCGGACGAAGAAUUGCUUGGAUCCGCCGUUCAGGCGUGUUGGGAGCUUUGCGAUCUGUUUCGGGAAGGUUGGACUCAGGUUCGGCCAGAACGAGGGACACCACGGCCCUCGCAAACAACAUUCACCCAAGCCUCGGACCAAAUGAGUCGCUCUUCACAUCAUAAAACAAAUAGUCUACCAAGCCUCCCCGAAAAUCCUGAACACCCGGAACAUGCGCAAACACGAUAUAAUCCGGAAACACCUACCACUGAAUUCGAAGACACACCUAUCUCACCAGAGGAGAACUCUCCAAACAUCCCAAAUAUAUUGGUUCUUGGAACGGAAGGGAACAGGGCUGCAAAUGCGCGAUGGUCGAGCGCAACAUCCUCGCUAUCGAGCUAUUCGCAAGACAGCAACCAAUCUUCUAGCACCGUCACUACCGGCCGCACAGAAGACGUGAAUCUCACUCGUUUGAAAGUGCUAGUUCUAAAAAUGGCAAUGAAUGUCGGAUACUCGCGAACUACAUCGACGGCUAGGCCAAAUCAGCCGGAUCUCCAAAGCUUUAUCAAAUCGUUGCCAACAGGAUCUUUUGGGUCCCUCCCAGCUCAUGCAGCUUUACUGAAUUCGUACCGGAAUUUAGUAUUGAGUGAUUCCACAUUUCGGAAUUCCAAGUCGCUGCCACCGAUUGGGAAGAAGGCAAGCGCGGUCGAUGUGGCUAAAAGCGUGGUUUGGAUGACCAGCAGUGGACGUUAUUCCUUUUUGAAAGACCUGUUCAAGCUCGUCUUUGGUUUCCAUGUAAAUGAAGCGGAGAGCCGGAAGAAUGUCAGUAUCUCUGUAUGA